AUGAAAUUCACUCCUGCAGGACCUAGUAUCAUACAUAAUGCUUCGAGGUAUUCUCGCAGACUGUCAACAACCGCAAUCCGCGCUUCACCACCACCCUCAGACGGCCUCACAUUACCACAAUCCGACGCCUACUGUCAACAGCUCACGAAAUCAACAGACUACCCUGCCUUCCUCACCUCUUACUUCUAUCCCUCCCUCGCCCGCCCAGCCUGGUUCGCGCUAAACGCUUUCCAUGCCGAGAUCGCGCAGGUUAGGAGGAAGGUCAGUAAGGAGAUCUUGGGGGAGAUGAGGUAUACUUGGUGGAGGGAUGCCGUGAAGGCUGUUAUCGCUGUGCGUCCUCUCCCUGCCUUCCUUCUGCACGCUCAGUCCCUUAGGCUGACAGAAAUAGGGAGAACCACCACAGCACCCCGUCUGCCUUGCGUUAGCCGAAGCACACAGGCUGCACAGGCUAGAAGCCUACCACCUCCAGCGGCUCAUCAGCGCUUACUCCAACCCUCUUCCACCGCUCCCUUCCCUAUCUGA